UUUUCUAUUCUCUUGCCGCUCUCUCUCUCUCUCUCUCUCUCUCUAGUCUCUCUCUUUCGAGAUUACGUGCUUUGCAAAAAGGUGUAGACUCCCAUAUGAAUAUGUAGACUAGAGUGUUUCUUUCCCAUUGGCUCCAUUUGACUUAUGAACCCAUAUUCAAAAUGCUCUGUAAUUUCUCUCUCUGUGUUGGUCAUGAUGGGGGAUCAUCACCUACAAACUGUUUCACCUAAUUAUAGUCUCUUCUGAUUCCAGACAAACGUGCAGCGGCCCAAAGAUUUUCAUGGUUUUUGUACUCAUGUAUUCCUGAUAAAUUGGAAGUCUUUCUCUGGCUUCUGAAGUAUUGGAAAAAGAAGGGAAUACUUGCUAGUAUUGGAAUUUUCUGGAAGAAAUUGAUCGGGAAGUGGCAAGGCUCGUAGCACAAAUAAUGGAGAAGUAUGAAGUACUAGAGCAGAUUGGGAAAGGUUCCUUCGGUUCUGCACUCCUCGUGAAGCAUAAGCAUGAAAAGAAGAAGUAUGUCCUGAAGAAAAUUCGCCUCGCUCGCCAGACUGAUAGAACUCGCAGAUCUGCCCACUUGGAGAUGGAGCUUAUUUCCAGAGUGCAAAAUCCGUACAUUGUGGAGUACAAAGAUUCCUGGGUAGAAAAGGGAUGCUAUGUCUGCAUUGUUAUAGGGUACUGUGAAGGUGGAGACAUGGCGGAAGCUAUUAAAAGGGCCAAUGGUGUUCAUUUUCCUGAAGAGAAACUGUCUAAGUGGCUAGUUCAACUCCUGAUGGCCCUGGAUUACUUGCAUACCAAUCAUGUUCUUCAUCGCGAUGUCAAGUGUUCAAACAUAUUUCUCACAAAAGAUCAAGACAUACGUCUAGGCGAUUUUGGUCUUGCUAAGAUGUUGACUUCGGAUGAUCUUGCUUCCUCUGUGGUAGGAACUCCCAGUUAUAUGUGUCCUGAACUUCUCGCUGAUAUACCUUAUGGUUCAAAGUCAGAUAUCUGGUCUUUGGGAUGCUGCUUAUAUGAGAUGGCUGCCCACAGGCCUGCGUUUAAAGCUUUUGAUAUGCAAGCUCUGAUAAACAAGAUAAAUAAAUCCAUUGUGGCUCCACUUCCGACCAUGUAUUCCGGUGCAUUCCGAGGGCUUGUUAAAUGCAUGCUGCGGAAGAAUCCAGAAUUUAGACCAAGUGCUGCGGAUUUGCUCAGGCAUCCACAUCUUCAGUCACAUAUUCUGAAGAUCAAUCUCAAAGUUAACAACCCAAGACGGAAUACUUUUCCAAUGCAAUGGUCUAAUUCCGACUAUGUCAAGAAGGCGAGAUUUGUUGAGCCUGAGGCUGUUACCGUGCUUACUGACACAGAGAAACGGAGUUCGUAUAAUAAUGACAGGGCCUUGAAUCCUAGUAUAUCUGGAACUGAACUAGACUCUCCAUGUUCUUCUCAGAGAGCGUGGCAUUUUCCAGCUUUUUUGAAUAAAAAGUCCUCAGAAUUCUCCGUUGGCAGUAUCAAUGAAGAUGGGGAUGGUGAUAAAUCAACAGCCACGAAGCUUCCAAGUGCUGCCAAGACUCCAAGAUUGACUCUGGCAAAAACUUCGUCCACUCCAAGGAGACUAUCAGUUCCUUCAAAAUACCGCGAUUCGCUUCCUGAAUCGCGUACUCCAGCAAUCAAACUGUUGCAAUACACGCGUAGAGUAUCUCUUCCAUUGUCAACUAAACCUUACAAGCCCAAUGUCAGUCUGCUGAGCAGAAUAGAAUCUCCAGACAUCUCAGUCAAUUCCCCGCGAAUCGAUAGGGUGGUUGAGUUCCCGUUAGCCUCUGCCGAAAACCACCCCUUGUUUCCCAUCCGAAGAACUUCAUUGACAUCCGCUCAGUGCUCCAGCCCCUCGUUUCCCACCCGUAGAACUUCUUCAACGUCGGCUCAGUGCUCCAGCGCCUCACCAUCCAGUGGGGACCGCUCAAUCACAAAGGACAAGUGUACAGUCCAGGUUCUUGGCAGGACACUUGCCAAGCCCCACAUUACUCCUUCUGGUCACCGAGCUCCACGAAAUGGAAGCGAUUGCUCGGAGCAGAAUCCUGCGACCGUUGUUUCAAGCCGGUCAUCAUUCGAUUCCCGACAGCGUCGGUUCGACACCUCGUCGUACCAACAGCGUGCGGAGGCGUUGGAAGGGUUGCUCGAGUUCAGCGCGCGGCUGUUGCAACAAGAGAGGUUUGAUGAGCUGGGAGUGUUGCUGAAGCCGUUCGGGCCGGAGAAGGUUUCUCCCAGAGAAACUGCUAUAUGGCUGACUAAGAGCUUCAAGGAAACGGCCGUAUAGCUAGAACCUGAUACCCACCCGAAGACGGCUACUGAGAAACUUGUAAAUGUUACCAUUAAUUUGUGAGUGUUUUUAUAUGCUGAUGCUGCAUAAGAACUCCUGAGUUCGUGGGAAAUUUUGAAGAUUUUAACGAAAUGGGCACUGCCAUCACCUUUGUUUUUGUUUUUUAUAUUCCGGGUACAAAAAUAUGUCAUUUUUGUACCAUGUGUUAUUGAGAGAAAUGAGAAUCAUUGGACCAUGCAUUUACCUGACA